GUAGAAGUCACAAGUAGGAUGGCUAGUAACCUAACAGAUUCUGACUAUAGCCUACUCGACGUGAUGGAAUACAUUUUAACACACAUCUAUAAUAUUUUUUCCCCUUCUGACUCAUACAGGGGAUAGCCAACUAAUUCGGGACUUCACUCCUCCUCUCUCCUCUAACUAAGGGAGCGUUUCCUAUUUUACAAUGUUCGUUGUUGAAGAGGCAGAGGAACAUGCUGUGAUUCACAAGGGAGUUAUAAUACGGACUUAAAAACGCUGUAAUAAUGUUGCGCGUCGUAGUGGAAACUGCCAAAGGCAUCCCCAAAAAGAAACUCAGAAUCCCAGAUCCCAUAGCAGCGAUAGUGUUCAGAGGUGAAAAGAAGAAAACUAAAGCAAUUGAUAGUGAACUCAAUCCUGUGUGGAAUGAAGUGCUUGAGUUUGACCUAAAGGGCUCCCCAUUGGAUGCGUCCUCCUUUAUAGACGUGAUUGUGAAAGACUAUGAGACUAUCGGCAAAGAUAAAUUUAUUGGCUCAGCUAAGAUCUCUCUACAAGACCUGGCUCAUGGUCACACCAAGUCCUUCCCAGCAAAGAACCUGUCCCUGGUCAAUGAGAAGAAACAGGAUACUGGGGCGACCAUUAAUUUGAUGAUAGUGUAUGAGCCGCCAGCUAACACCACUCCUAACCUUAACAAUCAAACUGAUGAAGACCAGUCGUAUGGGGACACAGGUCAGUUUAACAUAACAAAUAUGUGGCACAUCAUCUCUUUGUGUGGGGGGGAGGAAGGGGAGGAUGGGGAGGAGGUAUCCCUCGCGGGUCAGGUGGGGACCCCUGGAGCUCCACCCACACCUGGCCAGCCUGGUAACCCCAACCAGAGGCCUGUCCGGACCAGCCGCAAGAGACACCGGGCCCUAGCCAACAAGCCCCAGGACUUCCAGAUUCGUGUUCGAGUUAUCGAGGGCCGACAGUUGCCAGGCAACAACAUCAAACCGGUCGUCAAAGUGAAUGUGUGCGGACAAACCCACAGAACCAGGAUCAGACGAGGCAACAACCCCUUCUUUGAUGAGAUUUUCUUCUUCAAUGUCAACAUGCUGCCUUCAGAGCUUUUAGAUGACUAUAUCAGUAUUCGGGUCUAUGAUUCCUACUCCCUCAGAGCAGACAGUCUAAUGGGGGAGUUCAAGUUGGAUGUUGGGUACAUCUACGACGAACCUGCCCAUGCCAUAAUGAGGAAGUGGCUUCUCCUGAGUGACCCUGAUGACUCUAGCUCGGGGGCCAAAGGUUACCUGAAGGUCAGCCUGGUGAUCGUGGGGACAGGAGACGAGCCACCGACUGAGAAGAGAGAGCGGAACGAGGAGCUAGAUGACAUAGAGAGUAAUCUGUUGGUGCCGGCUGGGGUAACACUCAGAUUGGUCACUCUCAACCUGAAGGUGUACCGUGCAGAGGACAUGCCUCAGAUGGAUGAUGCGUUUGUGCAGACUGUGAAACAAGUAUUUGGAGGGGAAGGCGAUAAGAAAAACUUAGUUGAUCCAUUUCUGGAGGUCAGCUUCGCUGGCAAGAAGCUGUGCACCAAAAUUGUCGAGAAAAAUGCCAAUCCUGAGUGGAACCAGCUGAUCAACCUUCAGGUCAAGUUCCCAUCCAUGUGUGAAAGCAUCAAGUUGACUGUAUUUGACUGGGAUCGUCUGACCAGGAAUGAUGUGAUAGGAACCACAUUUCUAAAUCUGACCAAAAUAGCCUCAUCUGGUGGUGAGAUUGAAGAUACACCUGCAGAAAAUUGCACCACUCUGUCAUCUGAAGUGAGCAGUGGGCAGGCAGAGGUGGGUUUCCUCCCAGCGUUUGGGCCUUGUUACCUAAACCUGUACGGCAGUCCCAGGGAGUUCACUGGCCUCCCAGACCCAUACGAGGAGCUCAACUUUGGCAAGGGUGAAGGGGUGGCAUACAGGGGCAGAGUCCUCAUUGAGCUCUCCACUCAGCUGGAGGGCAAAGCUGACAGGAAGCUGGACAACAUCUCCAGUGAUGACAUCCUGGUGGCCCAGAAGUACCAGCGGAGGAGGAAGUUCUCGCUGUGUGCCGUGUUCCACAGCUCCUGCAUGCUCCAGGAGCCCGGUGAGCCAAUCCAGUUCGAGGUCAGCAUCGGUAACUAUGGCAACAAGCUGGACUCCACCUGCAUGCCGCUGGCUUCCACAACCCAGUACAGCUGUGCUGUGUUUGACGGUAACCACUACUAUUACCUGCCCUGGGCUGACACCAAACCUGUUGUCAUCCUCACAUCGUUCUGGGAAGACAUCAGCCACAGAUUAGAUUCAGUCAACAUCAUCCUCUGCAUCGCAGAUAGACUGGAAUCCAACCUCACGUCUUUGAGAACAGCCAUCCUUGCCAAAGCCUCAGAGGCGCACUUGGCUGAGAUCUGGCUCAAACUCAUAAACCACAUGAUUGAGGACCUGAGCAGCUUUCAGGUACCAGAGCUUGAGGGCAGGCCCAACCUGACGGCGCUGGAUGUCCAGAUUAAGAAGCUGCGUGACUCGGCGGUGGCCAGCAUCAGAGAGAUGGCCAAACGCAUGAAGGAGGAGGCCACCGAUGUUAUUGCCACUCUGACAGACAUCGAGGACUGGCUGGAGAGACUGAAACAGCUUGCAGAGGAGCCCCAGAACAGUAUGCCUGACGUGGUGAUCUGGAUGCUGCGUGGAGAGAGGAGGGUGGCGUAUGCCCGCCUCCCAGCCCAUCAGAUCCUCUACUCCACCUACAGUGAGCAGGCCUGUGGGAAAUACUGUGGCAGGACACAGACCAUCUUCAUGCAGUACCCCAUGGACAAAAACAAAGGCGUGAAGAUCCCUGUCCAGCUCCGUGUCAACAUGUGGCUGGGGCUCUCUGCCCACGAGAAGAAGUUCAACAGCUUCUCAGAGGGAACCUUCAGCGUGUUCGCAGAAAUGUAUGAGAACCAGGCCCAGGUUUUUGGGAAGUGGGGCACCACAGGGUUGGUGUGCCGGCAUAAGUUCUCUGACGUGACAGGGAAGGUGAAGCUGAAACAGGAGCGCUUCAUGCCCCCCAGGGCGUGGGAGUGGGAAGGCGAGUGGUUCGUCGACCCCGAGAAAUGCCUGCUAACAGAGGCAGACGCGGGGCACACAGAGUUCACAGACGAGGUCUUCCAGAGCGAGACACGUUUCAUUGGUGGGGAGUGGAAGCCUGCUGCCGAGCCCUUCACAGAUGUGAAUGGGCAGAAGAGCCAGAGUCCAGGGGAGAUAGAGUGUCCUGCUGGCUGGAAGUGGGAGGAUGACUGGAGCUUCGACAGCAACAGGGCUGUGGAUGAGAAAGGUUGGGAGUAUGGCAUCACCAUUCCCCCCGAUGACAAGCCCAAGUCCUGGGGAGCAGCAGAGAAGAUGUACCACAUCCACCGCAGGAAGAGACUCUUACGACCACGCAGGAAAAUAGCAGACACUAAAGCAGCACCUGAGAGGCGGGAUCCCGGUGAAGGCUGGGAAUACUCGUCCUUGAUUGGCUGGAAGUUCCACAGGAAGGAGCGUUCGUCUGACACAUUCCGCCGUCGCCGCUGGAGACGGAAGAUGGCUCUGUCAGAUGGUAUGGGAGCGUCAGCCAUCUUCAGACUGGAGGGGGCGCUGGGGGUAGAUGUUGAUGAGAAGGCCAGUAAGAAGGACGCAGCCAGACUGUUUGGUGCCAACACACCCACCGUUUCCUGUCAUUUUGACAGGUCGUAUACGUACCAUCUGAGGGUGUAUGUCUACCAGGCCAGGAAUCUCAUCGCCAUGGACAGGGACAGCUUCUCAGAUCCCUACGCCCAUGUGUCCUUCCUCCAUGUCAGUAAGACCACGGAGGUCAUCAGAGCCACUCUGAACCCAAUUUGGGACCAGACCCUCAUCUUUAAUGACAUCGAGAUCUAUGGAGACCCCCAGACCAUUGCACUCAACCCCCCCAACGUGGUGCUAGAGCUCUACGACAGUGACCAGGUGGGUAAGGACGAGGCCAUGGGUCGCUGUACGUGCACCCCUGUGGUGAAGCUGGACCCCAGCACGGCGGUCUCCCCCAAACUGCUGUGGUUCCCCGUCACCAAGAAAGGCCGCAACGCUGGAGAGAUGCUGGUGGCUGCCGAGCUAUUGCUGAAAGACAAGGCCAAUGAGAGUGACUUGCCCCUGGUGCCCCCAAGACGAGGAACUACGCUCUACAUGGUUCCCCAGGGAAUCAGGCCUGUCGUACAGCUUACCGCCAUUGAGAUCUUAGCCUGGGGUCUGAGGAACAUGAAGACCUACCAGUUGGCCACGAUCACCUCUCCCAGUCUCAUAGUGGAGUGUGGGGGGGAGGUCGUCCAGACGGCUGUCAUCAAGAACAUCAAGAAGAACCCCAAUUUCCCCGGAUCUGUCCUCUUCUUUAAAGUGCUCCUACCCAAAGAGGAGAUGUACACCCCUCCCAUCGUUCUGAAGGUGAUCGACCACCGGCCCUUCGGCAGGAAGCCCAUUGUGGGCCAGUGUACCAUUUACUCCCUGGAGGAGUUCCGCUGUGACCCCUACGUCACCAAUGCUGAGGUGGCCAUGUCUGCCAAAGUGGCCAUGAUGGCAGCAACUCAAGGAGACAUCAUCAUUAACAUGGAGGAUAGGCCCAUCCUUAAUACUGAGCUCCACAAAGAGAAGGAGGAGGAGGCAGUUGACUGGUGGAGUAAGUUCUAUGCCUCUAUGGGAGAGCACGAGAAGUGUGGGCCGUACCUCAAAAAAGGAUACGACACCCUAAAGGUGUAUGAAGGUGAGCUGGAGGAGGUCCCAGAGUUCCGAGGGCUGACGGAUUUCUGUAAAACGUUCCGACUGCAGCGGGGGAAGACUGAGGAUGAGGAGGAUGACCCCUCAGUGGUCGGAGAGUUCAAGGGCUCGUUCCGGGUGUACCCCCUAUCUGAUGACCCAGAGGUGCCAGCCCCGCCGCGCCAGUUCAGAGAGCUGCCUGAGAGCGGGUUGCAGGAGUGCCUGGUCAGGAUCUACGUGGUGCGAUGCAUGGACCUGCAGCCUAAAGACAACAAUGGCAUGUGUGACCCUUACAUCAAGAUCUCUUUGGGGAAGAAAACAAAAGAUGACAGAGAUGACUACAAACCAAACACCCUUAAUCCAGAGUUUGGCAGGAUGUUUGAGCUGUCCUGUUUCCUCCCUCAAGACAAAGACCUGAAGAUAGCCGUGUACGACUAUGACUUGCUCAGCCGAGAUGAGAAAGUGGGAGAGACGGUCAUUGACCUGGAGAACAGACUCCUCUCUCGCUUCGGCUCCUACUGCGGCCUGCCACAGUCCUACUGCAUCUCAGGGACCAACCAGUGGAGGGAUCAGCUGAAGCCCUCCCAGAUCCUGGAGAACCUGGCCAGACUGAGAGGGAUCCCUCCACCCCACAACACCGCUGACGGCAGCACGCUCUCCUUCGGGGGGAGAGACUACAGUCUGCUGGACUUUGAGGACAACAGAGUCAUCCACCAGCACCUGGGUCCAGCCAGGGAGAGGAUGGCCCUGCAUGUCCUCAGGAAACAGGGUCUGGUACCAGAGCAUGUGGAGACCAGGACUCUCUACAGUUCUUACCAACCUACACUUUCCCAGGGAAGGAUUCAGAUGUGGGUGGACAUCUUCCCGAAGAGCCUGGGUUUACCGGGACCUCCCUGCCACAUUACUCCACGCCAAGCCAAGAAGUACUUCCUGCGGGCUAUCGUCUGGAACACCACUGAUGUCAUACUGGAUGAGACCAGCAUCACCGGAGAGGAGAUGAGUGACAUUUAUGUCAAAGGAUGGAUGCCUGGUAUGGAGGAGGACAAGCAGAAGACAGACGUCCACUACAGAUCCCUGGAUGGUGACGGCAGCUUCAACUGGCGAUUUGUCUUUGGCUUUGACUACCUGCCCGCAGAGCAACUGUGCCUCAUUUCCAGGAAAGAGCAUUUUUGGAAUCUGGACCAAACAGAGUUUCGGACGCCCCCAAAGUUGAUCGUCCAGAUUUGGGACAAUGACAAAUUCUCACUGGAUGACUACCUGGGCACAGUUGAGUUGGACCUGCUCCAUCUGAUCCCCCCUACCAAGACCCCUGAGAAAUGCAGUCUGAAAAUGUUGCCAGGGGUUACAGGCUCCACCCCUUCCAAACAACCACAGCCCAACUCUCUGUUCUCCCAGAAGUCUGUGCGGGGCUGGUGGCCUUGUAUGAUAGAGCAGGACGGGAAGCACAUCCUGGGUGGGAAGGUGGAGAUGACCCUGGAAAUAGUGGAAGAGAGGGAGGUAGAAGAGAGGCCUGCUGGGAAGGGCCGGGACGAACCCAACAUGAACCCCAAACUAGACUUUCCUAAUCGCCCCGACACUUCCUUCUUCUGGUUCACCAGUCCAUGCAAGACCAUGAAGUUCAUCAUAUGGCGCAGAUUCAAAUGGAUCUUCAUUGGUUUGAUAGUCCUCCUGCUUGUGCUCUUGUUCCUUGGGAUCCUGCUGUUCUCCCUACCAAACUACAUCUCAAUGAAAAUUGUGAAGCCUUUCUCUUAGGAGUUACUCUACGGAGCAGCUGAGUACUAUGCCUGUCUUCGUCCAAGGGAUAAGGCGACAGAAGUCUUGACACUCAGGCCCUCACAAACUCUAUGCAAUGUAUUCCUAUCAGCUUGUCUUCAGAGUGGCAUGCAUUAUUUAUAUUUUUACACUUUAUCAAGGCUGCAUUGUACGUUUUUAUAAUGCUGCUUAAUGUUUUCUUUGCACUCACUUGCAUUAAAUACUGUAGCUACACAGCCCUUUUAAUUGUACAGUACUUGUACUGUCCUUACCUGUCUGUCUUUCCCUGCAAUACCAAAAGGGAAAGAGGAUAGCUAGUUAGUUGCACAACUGAAGGCAUUCAACCGAAAUGUGUCUUCCACAUUUAAUCAAAUGCUAUUUUGUAUGCAUGCUUUACUAAACCUAAUAUAGAGAUUUUGUCAUCACUGAGAGAACGAACUACUAACAACAAACACUGUUGUUGUGGCUUCAAACAAUGUCCCAACAUUCUAAUAGGCCACUUCCUUUGACACCUUACAGAGAGGGUCCCAACGCAUUUCCAAGAAAGGGCACAAGAUAAUUUCUUGGUUGCAACAAAAAUCACAUUUAAUUUACUCACAGAAUGUCCAGGUAUGUCACACAAAAUAAAGCAAGCAUGGUUUCCACGUAAGCAUAGACAGUUUUACUAUAAAUAUAAAUUGGGAUCUAACUCAAAAAGGUACACAAAAUUAGGUAAAAUAGAUGAUUGUCUUGAAAUCAAAAGGUAUACCCAAAGGUAUUAAUCCACAAAUGAAACCGUAUUAAUCACGCUAGUUUUUUCUAAUUAGGUUCCACCAUAGAGGUAUAAAGAAGGCUCAUCAUUGUAUCUGUGCUAUAAUGGCUUCUGAGACUGGAUGGGCAGUGCAAUUGAGGGCUAUCUCCAUUUUAAAGUAACUGUCCAGUGAUAAUCUCACUUUUAAAAUGUAAUAUUAUGUUAACUCAUACCCAAAUAAUGUUGUUGGCUCAUCCUAUACUCAUUUGUGGCCAAAACAUAAAUUGGAGAAAAAACACUUCAGAAUCCCCACCUCAAACUUGUAUCUCAAACAGAAAAAAAUGCUUGCUAU